GCUCGACCAGGCUGCCGCGGUGGUUCAAGGGCCGGCCUACGCUAUAGCGUUAGUGACGUGGCCACGUGGGUAGCGCUCGCAGCCAUGACUAGAAACUAGAGUAGAAUCUCGCUGCUACUGACUAAAACUUUCUUAGUCUUUGCUCAUCUCGCCAAGAGCUAACUAUUAGUCAAGACAGAGCAGUCUUGCUAUUAGUGUACUCACUGCUUCUUUUUCAUCUGGCCAAGAACCAGACGUUCAGGGCCAGAGCUACUGUCCCUCGCUACUACUACUAGCGCUACAGUACACGAGCAGUGCCAGCGUCCUACUUCGAUCGUCUCUGCGUGCAGAUAGGAAUAUGCUUGGUACUCAGCCACCUUACUGUCAGCUCCACCUGCCUUGUGGACACAACUGUGGAGGAAUUGCUGGCGAGGACGAAUGUCUGCCAUGCCUGUGGUCAUGUUCUGACACUGUUCGCAGGACACCGCAGUACAAUGGAAGGGAUUUGUGCGCCAUAUGCUGCACGGAAAGAUUGUUUGAAUCUCCAGCUAUUCAGCUUUCAUGUGGACACAUAUUCCACAAGCAUUGCUGCGAUACCUUGCUGCGCAUGCGGUGGAGUGGGCCCAGGAUCAACUUCAAAUUCAUGGAAUGUGUCAGCUGCAAGAAUCGCUUCAUGGAGCAUCCAUCACUAAAUUCAUGCACUGUUCCCCUCAAGAAUCUGUUGGAGACGAUGAAAGGGAAGGCACUGGAACGAUUGCAAGUUGACAAGGAAAUGAGAAAUGCUGCCAUCACCGAUCCAUGCAGCGAGUACUACCAGAAACCGGUGGAGUAUGCCUUGAAGCGCUAUGCUUACUAUCUCUGCAACGUGUGUAAGAAGCCAUACUAUGGUGGAGGAGAAGAGUGCGCACAGCAAAACGCCGCACCUAUUGAUUAUAACCCAGCGGAGCUCGUGUGUCCUGGCUGCUCAGCUACACGUGGCAUGAAGGAAUGUUCUCAACAUGGAACAGAGUACAUUGGGUACAAAUGUCGCUACUGCUGCUCAUUGGCCACAUACUAUUGCUUCGGCACAACGCACUUUUGCGCACAGUGUCAUAGCGAUUUUUCACGGAUUGAAAGAAUGAAAUCACUCCCUUCUUGUCCCGUCGGACCAACUGCUAAGAAACUGGAAGGCAGUGUGUGUCCCCUUGGAAUGGAGCAUGCACCCACAGGCGAAGAGUUUCUGAUCAGUUGUGGAGCGUGUCUGGGUGCUUAGGUGUGUUGUAGUAUGUUAUUUUGUGUACGUCGUGUGUACGUGUGAUGUUGGUGCAUGCGCGUGUUGCUGUGGCGUGAAAAGCAGUCUUCGUCUUGUAAUAAACAGUCUUUCGAAAUGUAGUUUGAUCGUCAUCCCAUUUGUAUAAGUGUGGAGCGGAUGACACGGGGCUGAGAGCAGGUGGAGAAAAGUAUAGUUACAACAGUUGCACCAUGCCAAACUCCUGAUUAGUUUAGCGUUCUGGAUCAGUAGCCAUUCUAUUAGUUGUUCUAGAGUUACCAUGAGCUCCUGGCAUGACGUGUCUGCUCCACACCUUCUUUGUUUGCAAUUGUGGCACUCAAAGAUAUAUUUUCAUCAGUUUUUAAGUUACUCAUGUCAGUGAUGACCUUUCGGAAGCUCCUAUGAUUCUGCCUCCCCCCCCCCCCCCCCCCCUCUCUCUCACGCCUGUUCCUCCCCACUUUCUCUUGCAACUGGACAAACCUGCUUGGCAGUACAUGCACGCAGUACUCAAAACUGUAUUGCAAUCACAGGUAACGGCUGAGCACUAACCAAUCCGUUCCCAUUUUGUUUAUCAUUUGAAUAGCUUCCCAUGAUUCCUUUUUGGUGUGUGCUGACUCCUCCAUAUUAACUUUUACCUGUACAUGUGUGAUGUGUGAUGACCCUGAACCAUGUGAACACUCAUAACCAUUUACAUGUAACAGUUAUGUACCACAAUGCUGAAACCAUGACUAUGCAUAAUAAUAAUUAGAUCAGUAGCAUAGGUACACGUGGUGUACGUUUCUAGAAGAUCGAGCCACAUGUUUAUA